CCAAGUUGCGCGUGAGCCGGAGCCAAUUCGAGAUCCCAUCCGUCUCGCCCACCGACCCGUCCGUCACUCCUCCGAAGAUACGAUAGCUUACUUAGUUGCCGACGGCACCACCCACCCACCCUUCCCUCCGGCUACCCGUCACCACUCUUGCGCGCAGCAGUCCGCGGUCUAUCUGCUUCGUGUUUCCCAACUGUUUGACGAUCCGAUAACCCAUCGAACCCCUCCACUUCAGUCACAAUGUCCGGCCUUUGGAACACCCUCACCGGAGGCAACAAGAAGCAGCAAGAGCAGCAAGAGCCCGCCGCACCCGCCCCCAGCGCACCUCAGACAACCACCACCACCGCUCCUUCAUAUCCCUCACCCUUCGAUGCUAGCCAGCCCCAAGGUGUCGAGGCCUUUCUCGGUAGCUCUUCCUUCGCCGACCCCACACAACUACACCCUCUCGCCGGCCUCAACAAGGAAACACUAGAAUACAUCUCGCUUGAGGAUACCCCGCUGCCCGAUGCCGCCAGCGCCUCAGUUCUGCCCUCGCGCGGCUUCACCGACGACCUCUGCUACGGAACCGGUAUCACCUACCUGACGGCCCUCACUAUCGGAGGCGCGUGGGGUUUGAAAGAGGGUCUCCAGAGAUCGGCCGGCCAGCCGCCCAAGCUGCGCCUCAACUCCGUCCUUAACGCCGUCACCCGUCGCGGUCCCUACCUCGGCAACUCGGCCGGUGUUGUCGCCAUCUGCUACAACCUAAUCAACGCCGGCAUUGGUUACGUGAGGGGCAAGCACGAUGCCGCCAACUCCAUCCUGGCCGGUGCGCUUAGUGGUAUGCUCUUCAAGAGCACCAGGGGUCUGAAGCCCAUGAUGAUUUCGGGUGGUAUUGUUGCGACGAUAGCCGGUGCUUGGGCGGUCACCAGGAGGACGUUCUUCCCCUCCCCCCAGACCAACGAGGUUGACUGAAGUGGGGACGAAGA